GUGACAUUUUUCUUUGCGGAAAUGAAGUCGUUUGCGAUUUGGACUUAAUAACAACCAUUUUCUUGGGGAAUAACAUUACUCCUGGAAAUAAAUAACACACCUAAAGGACUCGGGACUUGACUUUAGUCACGCCGCAAACGUUGCUUGCUACGCUGACAUGGCUGCAGCUGCCGCCAACCCGCCAGGCUUUCCUACGAAGACCCGCGUCGCCAUCCUGGCCGAGUUGGACAAGGAGAAACGGCGGCUGCUCCAGACUCAGUCUCUGGGCGAGCCUGGAACCAAUACGCCUCUGUCCUCCAGAGGUGGCGGGGCGAAGGAGGCUAGGGACAGCGCGGAGCAACAGCACAUCGCCGCCCAGCAGAAGGCCGCACUGCAGCACGCCCACGGACAUUCGUCAGGGUUCUUCAUCACCCAGGACUCGUCAUUCGGGAACCUCAUCCUCCCGGUGCUUCCACGUCUUGAGCCCGAUUUGUAGUAGCAUCCCACAGACUUUUUGACCUCAAUAAACAUGUGUAUUAUCUCAAUGUUAUAUUUGAUCUGUAUGUAUUAAAUGAAGUCAAAACGACUUCAGUGUAUUUGAAAAUUAAAUUCAACAUGUCAAAAUUACUGCUUCUUAUUCAUGAGCCCUUCACACUUGAAGUAUAAUUUUCUGGCUUUUUUAAUUUUUUAAAAAUUUUUUACAUUUCCUCCAACAAAACCAACAAUAAGGCUUUUUGACCCACUCUUAUGAUAUGCAUAGCCAUUUAUCUAAUAAUUAUAAUCAUAAAAACAAACAUCUCACACAGA